UCUCGGCUUUGCAUCCUGGGGGGUCCUCCUGGUCCCCUUUUUCACAGCUCAUUGGCAUGGGUUGAGUGUCUGCUGUUUCCCUACGUAGCUUACUAGGGUGGGCCCAGUGUGUUUCCCAACGCCCUGACUCUUCCCCGUGUGUAGGUUGUCGUGGUCUGACUCAUCUGCCUCUCCCUGAUUUCAGUUUCCUCCCAUUACUAAUUGUGGCUUUGGUUGCUCCUCUUUUCUGGUUCUUGAGGUGGGUGGCCGAUGGCGUGGCCGAGGGCUGACCGUGGUGCUGGUCCUGUAAGCGCCCCUGAGAUGCAAGGCGCACCUGCGUAGGCUGGGCAUCCAUUUGGGGUUUCUCUCGAAGGACUUGGAUUUCCCUUUUUCAAUUCCUCCUUGACUGCUGGGUAUUCAGCAGCCUGCUGUCUGGUUCCUGUAUUUGUAAAACGUCAAGUUCCUCCUGACCUGAGGUCUCAUGUUGUCCCACUGUGUGCAGCAGCUGGUGCUGGGAUCUCUGUCUCCUCCAUCUCUGAGGCUGUCCUUGGGGCCCAACAUGCUCUUCCUGGAGACCAGCCAUGCGCAGUUGAGAGGAACGUGCACUCUGUAGGGUAAAGCAUCCUGUGAAUGCAGAGACCUCCGUCUGGCUGAGGUUCCGUGAAAUCCCUGCUUGUUGGCUGCUUUCUGCACGGAUGACCAGUCCACUGUGGGACAGGGCUUGGACUCCCCUCUUCUCACCACUCAGGGUCUCACCUUGCUCCAGCCAUGUUUCCUUCACAGGGAAGGGUGCUCUGCAGUUGGGAGAUGUUUUCACAACCGCAUCUUGUGGAAGAGACCCCUGGGCUGUGGCAGUGGUCAUUCUGUCCCUUUCCACCCCUUCUACCUUGAAGUCUGAAUUCUAACCCUGAGGUGACAGUCCCUGCUUUCCGUGGCUCCUGUUUGCGGGGACACCACGGUCAUGCCCUGGCUGUCACCCCCUGUGUCCUCAGGUGAGGCGAGUGUCCUGUACGCAGCACACACUCGGGCCUUGCUGUGGUCCACCUAGACCCUCCAUGUUUUUAACUGGAGAGUCCCUUCCAUGAACUCCAGGUCACCACGGUGCUGAGGCCGGCUCUGACCUCUGGUCAUGUUCCUCGGCUCCUCUCGCCCACCCUCCCGUCUUCCCUUGUGAUUUGGAGGGCCUCUGUUUCACCCACUUCCUUCCUCUUUCUUUUCAUUUGUGAACAGCUGCGAUCUCUUUCUACACAGAACCUAAGGUCCAACACCGACGACUUCUUGUUGGUAUUGCCUCAGCCUCAAACGUGGAAAAUCCAGCCCUUCUUUGUCGUCUUACUCGUACAAUGUGUCCAUCCGCGGCCACUCUGAACAAAGUUUCUGCUUUAAUGAUUCAUGAGUCGGUUCUUUGUUCCUUCCCAUCUUCUAAAAUAGUUGACAAGGAGGUAAAAGGGACUGACCUGGGUGUUGACAUCGUCUGCUGUUACUUCCUAGGAUGCUCCCUGAUGCCCCUCCAGGCGCCUGCUCCGUUAUUUGGGCCUCCACGUGUCUGUCUGGUUCAAGUCUUUGGGGUUCUCCCUACACUCUGGAGGCUGAAGCCCAGCUGAAGGAGCAGCUGACAAGACUCGCCGUACUCCGUAGGCUCUCUUCGUGCUCUUCACUGUUCACUUCAUGGGAAGAAGCAGCUGGUGCCACCAGCCCCUCCCACAACCUGUCAGACCCCAGCACUGCCUCACCCCACGGGGACUACACCGUGGAGAACGUCAUCCGCAUGGGCCUGGCUGGCCUGGUCCUGCUGGUCCUCGGGAUCCUGCUGUUUGUGACUCGGCACAGCCAGAGAGGGACCCAAGAUGCAGGCAGGAGGUGAACAUGGAGGGAGCAGUGCAUCUCCCUGCAAAACGGAGCUGGGGAAACACACCUGAUGCUCCCAGGAGACGGGGAGGAAGUGGGGUGUGCAUCAGGAGGGUUGGCUGAACGCUGGGUGGACGUGGCUUCCAAGGGAGACGUCUGGACUGAGGCGUGGGGUCCUCCUCCAGGAGGUGGGGGUAGAGCCUGCCUUGGCCCUCCUCCCCUCACCCCAGGACCCUGGGUGCACCCACAGCCCAGGACCCCCACAUGAUUUGGACCCUCGUUCUCUCACCAGGUUCCUGUGAUACAUUUUCAUAAUAUUAAAGGCCACUCUCCUGCUGUGCAGUA